AGGCGCAGACACUCUCGCGAAUUUUCCAGCAAAAUGGCCCAGAAUAUCGCUCCGGGGAACAGCACGACGGCGAGUCCAAGCAAAGGCAACAGCGACAAGGCCAUCGCGGGGAGAGACUCGCACUCGGUCAGCAAGAGACUCCAACAUGAGCUCAUGACUUUGAUGAUGGCGGCAAACAAAGGCAUCUCUGCAUUCCCAGAUGGUGACAAUCUCUUUAAAUGGAUCGGCACAAUCACUGGUCCUGCGUCCACGGUGUAUGAGGGUCUGUCUUACAAACUCUCUCUAGAAUUCCCCUGUAGUUAUCCAUACAGCGCACCAACAGUCAAGUUUGUUACCCCAUGUUUCCAUCCAAAUGUCGACCGCCAUGGCAACAUCUGUCUAGACAUCUUAAAAGAGAAGUGGUCUGCAUCGUAUGAUGUGCGGUCGAUUCUCCUCUCGAUCCAGUCAUUACUUGGAGAGCCUAACAAUGACAGUCCCCUGAAUGGCCAUGCAGCUGAACUCUGGGCCAACCAAGUGGCAUACAAGAAGCACCUGGUAGAACAGUACAAGAAGAAUAAUGUGGACGAGAAAUAGUCCUUUAGGGGGAGCUUUGUCAGAAUACUAACUCACAGCAUGGCACUUUUGUAUAUUGUCUUUAGAUGUUUCUGGCCUGUGUUCUAGCCGAGGGACGGUUCGACAUGGGUCAGCAGUGUGCUUGGAGUUAAUAGUCUGAUUUUUUGUAUUGUGAUGUAAGGAAGCCUUCCGUUAUUUAGCCUUUCAUAGAAAUUUUUAUACAUAUGUUUACUAGCUAAAUACAGGUAAUUUUGUGAUCCCUUUUUUAAUCAGUUAAUGUGGCCUUAACUAUUCUUGUAUUUAAGUGCUGAAUGCAGUAUAAAUGUUAAGUAAGGCAUUAGUGCACUCUGGUCUUUUAUUUAAUCAUUAUAAAUUAACAUUUUCUGUUAUGAAAUUGUCAAAAUAAUUACUGUUAACUAAAUAUUGCUCAUUUAACCAUAUAAACGUAACCAAGUGCAUUUACUCAUUUACAAGUUUCAUUUUUAGUACUUUUAUAUUUUUUAGGGGGGAGGGGAUUCUGUAUUUCAAAGUAUACUGUCUGCAAUGUGCUUAACAUAUUAAAGUUUAUUAAUAUAAGCUGAUGCCAAUGAUAUGCUACUAACUUUUAACUUUACUCAUAAUGUGUUUCAUUUACAUUUAAAAAGUUCUGCUUCACAAUGAUCUCAUUUAGCUAGGUUCAAGGUUGACUCUUCUUGGUGAGGGCAAUACGUUAAAGAUAAGACUAAGAUUGGGAAAGGAAUCCAUAAUCUGACCUGUCGUGAUCAGCUUUGUCGGACAGCGCAGUCAAUCGGGUAUUUUCUGGCUAUGAGCUUUCUCCCUCUUCAAUUUUGCACGUCCUACUUUUUCCUAUAUACUUUACUUUUAUCAAAUCUUUCUGUCCAGACAAAAUGAGGGAUUGGUUUAUUUUUUAUUUAUUUUCAUUAUUAUUAAUGUUGUCAUUAUUUAGAUGAUUAUGAUCAUUAUUAUUAUUUGUAUAUAAUCUACAACCAGUACAUUU